AUGGCGAACGAGCGCAGUGGAUUGAUCGCGGACGCGCGGCUGGGUGUUGGCGCCUACGGCGUCCCUCGAGGAACGAAGCCGCGACGCGGGCGGCUCUACGGACCCUUCGGCGACGCCGACGUCGCGGGAGAGGUGCGGGGGGGGGUGGGCGACGGGCGCGCGAGCGCGUCGACGCGCGCGCGGUCGAGCGGACGACACGCGUGGCUGUGCGCGGCGCCGUUGGCGUUGCUCGCGCUCGCGCUGGGGGUGAGGGUGUUGGCGUCGGUCGCCCCGGAGGAGAUUGAACGCGUGCGAGGGGUGGGAGGAUGGUGGCCGCCGUGGCGGAGGCACGCGAGUCACGCGCGAUGGCCCGGGCGUGAGAGCGGGGUGAACGCGACGACGCCGGAGGCGACGUUCGCGAAUGGGACGCGGGCGAAUCAGACGACGUCGUCGCCGCCGCCGCUGGCGUCGCCGGCGCCGGCGCCGGUGGCUACUUCGUCGCCAUGGGGGACGUGGGCUGGGACGGAGACGAUAGAACACGCGAACAUGCCGAAGUUUGAGAGCGGGCAGUCGCUGGGCGUCGCCUUGAACGGGUGGUUGCACUUGGAGGAGUGGUUCUUUUCGCAAGGUGCGUCGCACGCGGUUGCGGCGGAUAUUCGAGAGGAGAACGGCGUCGCGUUUCCGCCGAUGUUCCCGGAUGCGACGUCUUUAGGGUUUCAAUGGGCGUCCGAGGGAGAUCUGGUGCGUAAGCUCGUGGAUCACUACGGGCAAAAGUCAGCCGUCGGCGCCUUCACGGCGCACCGGGCGCAGUACAUCACGGACGACGACUUGAUUGAGAUUGCGUCGCAGGGCAUAAAGAUCGUUCGAUUACCCGUGUCGUGGGCCGUUUUCGCUCGAGAUCCCGCCACCGUGGCUCGCGGAGGCGAGCGCGUUUUGGUCGAUCCCGUGUACCCGGACAGACUCUUCGUGAACAUGGCGGGGGCGGACCUGGACCACGUCGUCGAGCGCAUUAGAAACGCUGGGCUCAAGGUGAUGAUAGAUUUGCACAACAUGCCCGGCGGCUCGGCGGCGGGAUCUUACAACGGAGUGUUUCCACACCCACCGAUGAUGUUUGCGAGGAGUGAUUUGCAGCGUACCGGUUUAUUGGUCGUGCGCAACAUGCUGAAAUGGUUCAAGGCGCUCCCUGCGGAUUCACGUUUGGCUGUGCAUGGAAUGCAGCUGCUCAACGAACCCGGGCAUCUGCUCCCCGAACAACGAUCCGCUGUAUUGAGUUGGCUCUCGUCGGCGAUUCAGGCGUACAAGGACGACGUCGUGGGGGUGAAUGGGGUGAACCCAGCGGAACGCGUGCCGUUUCUUUAUGUGAAUCUCAUCGAGACGAUGGGCAUGAAUGUCGCUGACAUGGCGGCGUGGAUGCGCACGCAGUUCACUCCUCGAGAGCUCGAGCAGUGGGCGGUGUUGGACGUGCAUAAUUAUUUUGCGUGGUCGUCUCUCACCGGUUGUGACGGUGGAUGUCAGUUCAGCUGCCGCGAUAGCCCAGCGGUGGUCGGACAGCGCGUGGCGGAACACGCCGAGGAAUGGGCGAAGACAUUUCGGCUGGCGGCGAAGACGUAUGGGGUGCAGAACACUGCGUGCUCUGAGUGGUCGCUCGCGACGCUCGCCGACUCUUCGAGAAUGUGUUCAAAUAGAGAAAUAUUAGACGUCAUGUUUCAGCGCCAGGUACAGGUGUACCGAAGCGCAGAGAUCCAAAGUUUCUUCUGGGGAUGGAAGAUGCCGCACGGUGGUCCGCACACAAAGGCGUGGUCGUUGAAGGAUUAUCUUUCUUCGAGCACGGGGAAGCAGGAUGAGCCGGAGCACGAGCUUGUGCCUCACGGCGUUGCUUUAGAAAGCACGCUCGCCAUGCCCGAGGGUUCUAGCAAGGAGGAUCGAGAUCGUCUGAUUCGAGCCUACAGCAAUUUCCCUGAAAAAGAGGACGAGCUCGAGGAUGGUCCCGAUACUGUCAAGCUUCGCAUGAAGGAUAUAUUGCAUCUCAUUCAGGAAGCGGCUCACAACACGGGCGUGGCGGCGAUUGGUCACGGAGGGAGUCGCACGGCAAAAACGGGGGCCGCCGAAGCAGCUGCGGAGGAUUAUUUGCGCGCGAGCUCAAAGUUGAAGGAGAUUGUGGACACCGGAGCGUACGACGAGGAUGAUGACGCCGAAAUCGUCGUCGUUCAUCAUCGUAAAGGACAACCGGAGGUGAGUAAUCACGAUAAUGAGCACAAAGAGGAAAUACCGACGGAGCGUAACGUCGUACCGGCACCGACUGCCUCAGUUGCGCCGAAUAUCUCGAGCACACCGCCCAGGGAAAACGCCACUUCUGCCGUCGGAGCGAAAGACGAGGCAGAGAAGCCUUCGACGAAGUCCGGCUCUAUUGAGUCACUCUUCGACGAGUCAAAGACGCAACCGCCUUCACCUCCUCCGCCGAUGCCUCCACCGCCGCCAAAUCCACCGAAACCCCCCUCCAAAGAGGUUCUCGAAGCGCACAAGAAAGCCGCUGACACGCUGUCCGAGCUGGAUUUCAGUUCAAACACAGCAAACAUCGACGAACAAAUGCUCUCGUCGAUGUAG